AUGUCGGCAUUGCUUGCCGCCGCCCAGGGACCGAGCAAGGCAUACGUCCCUUUACCCGAUGACAUUUCCCCUCCAGCUUCCUACGCCAAUCUCGCCCCCGUUCACGCCGUCACUCGUAACGGUACAGUCGUCUAUACGAAACGCGUAUCCAGUGUCACCUCCUCUGGCUCGGGCGAUUCCGAUGAUAGCGGCAGCGUCAGAACCGAACGACAUGAGAAUCGUUCCGGGACGACCUUCCAAUCAGGUAGCGAAGAGACCCUCGCCGCACCUGGAUCUUCUCGCAAGGGCAAGGAAAAAGCCAAUGGGAACUUACAUGAGGAUGGAGAUCUCGGCCACUACACUUGGGAAGCUAAAGGAAAAGGUAAAGAAACAUGGGAUGUUGAGAAGGGACCAGUGGAAUAUAUCGAGAUGGUCGAUGGAAGCGAGACGGGAAGUUAUCCUCCCAAUCUCGCCAACUUUGCGGCUCGAGAUAUGGCGCGUCGGCGAGCUGCUAGAUUGUCUCGACAAUUACCAUCCUCCCCUCCAUCUUCUCCAAAACCUAAUGGUACCACUACCUCAUAUUUACAGCGUCCUCUGUCUAUAAUAUCGUCCAUCACAUCCGGUAGUCAGAACACUAGCGGUAAGCGUAACAGUCUCAUGGGGUUGAUGGAGGGUAUAGGAAUCGUCAAUCCUGUCAAAGGCAAGGGCGACGCCGAGUGGGGCGCUACACAUAAUCCCAUACCCCUGACCACCUCCCCUCGUGAAUCCACUUCGACAGAAUAUCAACAUCCUUAUGCCAAACCCGCAUCUCCCAUACCUCGAAUGGUGAUCUCCCCUGUUUCACCAACGGAAUCUCCUUUUGACGAUCCACGCCCCGUACCCCUGCCUUCUUCGUCUACUCAACGACGUGGAUCCAUCAACGUUGAUUCCUCCAAAACCUCUGCCCCUCUUGACACCGACGUCGUGGGAUACGCCGGUCCGUCAUGGAGAGGCGGGGCAGCGAUUCAGGAUCAGGGGGUAGCUCAAGAUGUGCAAGACGUGAAUGUCGGGACGGGCGAAAAGUGGUGGCAUGCGUUGUGCUCAUGGGGUUCCGAUGUGGACGGCGGGCAUGGGAACGAUCAAUUAGGGGGACAAGCUGGACGAACGAAUCCAUUCGAGUGA